GCUGACAGGGAGAGCUUGAAACCAACAAUUCAUCAUCCAAACCUCUCAUUCAUUCUCAAUAUUCUCCAUCAAAACCUCUAAACCCCACCUGACCUCACUGAUAAAGUGUAGAAAAAGAAUACUUACCAAUCUCAAACUCCAUUAAAGCUAAGCAGAUUCAUUCUCUUCUCCAAUGGCUACCACCUGUAAGCACACUCUACUUCUCUCAUUGUUAUUCUCAUUGUUUCUUGUGAACUCUGCAGCUUCAGAAGCAGAGAUCUUGCUCCAGUUCAAGAACUCCAUUGAGGACUCUAUGAACACUCUCUCUGGAUGGUCAAACGCUACAGCCAUUCACCAUUGUAACUGGACUGGAGUUUCUUGCACAAAUCCAGCUCCUUUCUUUGUUUCUUCUCUUAACCUGCAAAGCUUGAAUCUUUCUGGUGAAAUCUCAGCUUCCAUAUGCAAGCUUGCUAAUCUUGCUCAUCUUAAUCUUGCUGAUAAUCUCUUUAACCAGCCUAUCCCACUUCACCUCUCUGAAUGUGGCUCUCUGGUGACCUUAAACCUCAGUAACAAUCUCAUUUGGGGAACAAUCCCAGAACAAAUAUCUCAGUUUAAGCCAUUGCAAGUGCUUGAUUUUAGUAGGAACCACGUUGAGGGAAAGAUCCCAGAAAGCAUUGGUUCAUUGAGGCAGCUUAGAGUUCUUAACUUGGGCAGCAACUUGCUUUCAGGUGGUGUUCCAGUGGUUUUUGGUAAUUUUACUGAGCUUGUGGUUCUUGAUUUGUCUCACAAUCCAUUCUUGGUUAGUGAACUUCCUGCAGAUAUUGUUGAACUUGGUAAACUUGAACAGCUUUUGUUGCAAAGCUCAGGUUUUUAUGGAGAAAUACCAGCAGAUUUCUUUAAGGGUUUGAACAGUUUGACAAUUUUAGACCUUUCUCAGAAUAAUCUUACUGGUAACUUACCUAAGAUUGAGUUUCUCCCAAAUUUGGUUUCUUUUGAUGUCUCCCUGAACAAGCUUUCUGGGUCAUUUCCUAAUGGGGUUUGUGAAGCUAAUGGUCUUGUGAGCUUGAGUCUGCAUACCAAUUUCUUUAAUGGUUCAAUACCCAAUGACCUUAUCAAUGAAUGCACAAAUCUUGAAAGGUUUGAAGUUCAGAACAAUGGGUUGAGUGGGAAUUUUCCUUCUUGGCUAUGGUCAUUGCCUAAAAUCAAGCUCAUCAGAGCUGAAAACAACAGGUUUACUGGUGAAAUACCUGAUUCAAUAUCCGAGGCCGCUCAACUGGAGCAUGUUCAGAUUGAUAACAAUAGUUUCACCAGUACAUUCCCUCUGGGAAUUGGGAAAGUGAGAAGUUUGUACAGAUUCUCUGCAUCGUUGAACGGUUUAUACGGCGAGCUUCCUCCGAAUUUUUGUGAUUCACCAGUGAUGAGUAUUAUCAAUCUUUCCCACAAUUUUCUCUCAGGAAGCAUCCCAGAGGUGAAAAGAUGCAAAAAGUUAGUAUCUUUAUCUCUGGCAGAUAAUAGUUUUGCAGGUGAAAUCCCAGAAUCUCUGGCCGAUCUGCCAGUGUUAACAUACCUUGAUCUUUCUAAGAACAAUCUUACUGGUUCAAUUCCACAAGAACUUGAAAGGUUGAAGCUUGCACUCUUCAAUGUUUCAUUCAAUAAGCUGUCCGGCAGAGUUCCAGCAUCACUGAUCUCCGGCCUUCCAGCUUCGUUUUUGCAAGGAAAUCCUGGCUUAUGUGGUCCAGGAUUGCCCAAUUCUUGUUUGGACGACAAGUCGAUAAGCACACCAUCUGGCUUUACUAAAUUGACCUGUGCCUUAGUUUUUACAGCUCUAGCUUUUGCACUUCUGGUCUUUGCUUUUGCAUUUUACUUGAUCCGCUCUCACAAGCAAAAAUCUCAGUUAGGUUCAUGGAGAUCAGUUUUCUUUUAUCCUCUUAGAGUCACUGAGCAUGAUUUGAUUAUGGCGAUGGAUGAAAAGUCAGCCAGAGGAGAUGGUGCAAAUUUCGGGAGAGUUUAUGUAGUGAAUUUACCAAGUGGUGAGCUUGUUGUCGUGAAGAAGAUAUUGAACUUUUCUAGCCAGUCUUCAAAAGCUCUGAAAAAUGAGGUCAAGACUUUAGCAAAGAUUAGGCACAAAAAUAUUGUGAAAAUCCUGGGAUUUUGCCAUUCUGAUGAUUCAAUAUUGCUGAUAUAUGAAUAUCUGCCAAACGGAAGCCUUGGUGAUCUUAUUUCCAAACCAGACUUCAAUUUGCAGUGGAGUAUGAGACUGAAGAUUGCCAUUGGCAUUGCUCAAGGGCUGGCCUAUCUUCACAAAGAUUACCUUCCACAUUUACUACAUAGAAACUUGAAGUCGAACAAUGUUCUUCUGGAUGCUGAUUUUCAACCAAAGCUCACCGACUUUGCUUUAGAUCGAAUUAUUGGAGAAAAUACAUUUCAAUCAGUAAUUGCAUCAGAAUCUGCAUCUUCUUGCUACUUGGCACCAGAAUGUGGUCACACGAAAAAGGCCACAGAACAAAACGACACCUACAGCUUUGGCGUUGUCCUGUUAGAGCUCUUGACGGGUCGACAAGCAGAGAAAAAGGAAUCAGAGGAGGCUUCUAUUGAUGUUGUAAAGUGGGUAAGGAGAAAGAUUAACAUCACUAACGGAGCCUUGAAAGUUCUCGAUCCAAAGAUUUCAAGUUCGUUCCAACAACAAAUGCUGGAAGCUCUAGAAAUUGGUCUGCAUUGUACUUCUGUAAUACCAGAGAAGAGGCCAUCAAUGUGUGAAGUUGUUAAAGUGCUUCAGUCUCUGGAAACUAGUCUUCAAGAUUUCGAGUUUUCUGCUAGUGUUGAUAGUUCAGUUCCUCUCUGAACUUGAAGUCUAUACCCUCAUUUUGAUUCAUUCAAAUCCCUUUUACAUGAACUCUGUCCUGUUUCUUGGAUGGUUUGAUCUCAGAGUGAGACAAUAGGAGGGAUGUCUUCAAUUC